ACUUCAAAACAAAGGAGGGAAAGUUGUUCACUUUUAUCUCAGUUGUUGAACACGCUCCUCGGAACUUUCACUCUUUUUGCAAAUUCAUCAUGAAAUCUGAACAAUAUUGAGAAUCCGAAACCUAAAAAAAGGAUUGAAGCUUAGUGCAAAUUUGUGACUUGAACUAGAAUGGCUGGAUUGGUAAGCCCUAUUGCUACACAUGUGAAGAAACAGAGAGCGACGAUCCUAUCUCCGGUCACCACCUUCGUUCUCGGCUCCAACAAUGAUCAACUUGAACGUGCUCAGGCACGCGCCGCCCGUGCUGCUUCCAUCCGCCGGAAGCCGGUAACGUUCAAUAACGCAGCUGAUGAUAAUCCUGCCGGUGCUUUUCUAGGUCAAGAGCAGAUCAUGGAAUUGUUCCAGAAUUGCAUCAAAUUAGCUAGUGAAAAUAAAAUUAAUCAGAAGAAUACUUGGGAGCUGAAUUUGAUCGAUCAUCUACGUGACAUUAUAAAAGUCGAAGAAGAUGAUGCUGAGACCAAUUUUCAGAAGGCAAGUUGCACUCUUGAAGCAGGAGUUAAAAUAUAUUCAACAAGGGUGGAUUCUGUCCAUGCUGAGGCAUAUAAAUUCCUUGGAGCCAUUAAUCGAGUUGGACAGGACAUGGAACAAGGCAAUUUAGAGGAUGGAAACACCAACACUGAGCAAAGGAAACAAAGUACUAAAAAGGAGCAUGAACAAAAGUUUUCUCCUCUUUCAACACUGGAAUCAUCAUUUGAGAAUCUUAAUCUGAAGAAAUUUGAUGUUGCUUUUACUGUGGAUCCUCUUUAUCAUCAAACGUCUGCUCAGUUUGAUGAAGGAGGGGCAAAAGGUCUUUUACUGAAUAAUCUUGGAGUCUAUGGUGGGUGUCGUGUCCUUUUUGAUUCACUUGAAGUACCUGCAAACUGCAUGUCUUGUUCACCCCAAACUGAUAAAAUCGAGACAAUUGAUAUCUCAUAUGCAAAAGACUGCAUGGAACAAAUGGCAAUUAACAUCUCAAAGAGCAAAGAAAUCUCACCAACUCUCAAGGAGAUAGUCAACAUGUUUGAUGAUAAAAGACCACCAGACACUGUUUUUGCCCAAAAUUCUCAUGAACCUGAUUAUGACGAUUAUGCCCUUGAUGGUGAUCAAAAUGAUAACUUUGGAACGUGGGAUUUUGUUAAUGACAACGAGGGCACUUAUGAAAGGGAGGAAGAAGUAGAACCCCAUGAGGAAAAUGAGCAAUAUGAAUCUCAUGAUCGUGAUGUAGAUGACAAAUUUAUAAAAAUUGAUGACUUUUUGUUUCCAAGACGGGGUUUGACCACAAGUCAAAAUGCCUGGGCGGGCCCUGAACAUUGGAAAUAUAACAAGUCUAAAGGUCAAGAAGCUUCUACCAAGGAAAAUGGAUCACCAUUGUUGUUUAAAAAACCAAGAAGCAAGAAACAAUUUGAAGCCGAUAUAGAUUUUAUGAAAGUUUUGGAAAAUGACAUUGUUGACCCCUUCAUUCCUCCUAAAAAUCCCAACUCAUUGCUGUUGCCUGCAUAUAGAGAACCUUGUAACACAAUGCUUCCGGAAGAUUGCCAUUAUCAACCUGAGCAUCUAGUGAAACUAUUUCUUCUACCAAAUGUUUUGUGCUUUGGGAAGAAGAGAGGAAAGAGGAAUUCAGAUGAAGUUCAUCAACAAGAAGCUAAUCCAUCAUGGGGUGAUGAUGAUUGUGGAAUUGGUGACCAAUUUGAUGAUGGAAAUGCUUAUAGUGAUGUUGAUGACUCUCUUGUCUCUCAACCACGUCAGGUAGAAAAAAUCGACAUCCAAUAUGACAAAAAAUCCAAACAAGUUGAUGUUCAUGUACUAAAAGAUACUCUUUGGUCAACCAUCCAAGAAAUGCAGAAAUCAGCCGGAGAUGAAGAUUUGUCUUUUAAAAACAUUUUAUCAUCUUCCCCAGCAGCCACAUCAAAUGAUGACAUCACCCCACACCUGUCUUUCAUCUGCAUAUUACAUUUAGCCAAUGAGCAUGGAUUAACCCUCAACAGCUUCCCUGACAUGGAUGACGUCAGCAUCCAUCUCCCCUCCCACCCCAACAUCCCAUAAAGUAUGCAAAGAUCAAAAGACCUCAGUGCCCCUAACACCGACUUCUUUCCAUCCUCGUUGGCGGGCCCGCAACUCCCACUUUCCGGUUUCUUGUUUUUGUAAGGCCAAAGCUGCUUCAGCUUUUUCACGGGCUUCUUCACAUGUUUCCAUUCCGGAGUUACACUUGUCUGCUUCCUUUUGAUAUUGUGAUGUCAGCUUUUUUGCCUCGAGUAAUGCCAUGUCAGCACGUUGUUGACUCUCUAAUGCUUCUGCUUCUCUUAGUUUUAGUUCUUCUGAUAGAAGCUCUGCAAAGUUCUUUUCCGUGUCUCCAUCCACUUCCGGAUCAUGCUUUGAACAAUCUGAUUCAGUCCAACAUUUCAUCAAAAAUUGAAUAUAAAUAUUAAAUACCAAUGUAUUUAUGGAAGUAUGUUGCUAUUGUGCAUAAAUAGUAAAGUACAUUAUCGAUAUUGAAAGUAUGUAUUUGUUUGUGUAAUACUAAUAUUCUAUUACUAACCAGUGAAGGAACUGUUGCCAAGUCCUGUGAGAAAAAAAGAAAAUAUAAAUCAGUUGAGAAAUUGAUGAAGAAUCUGUCAUCAACAUUAACAUCUUCUAUUUCUACUACUUGUUAUAGAGUUAACGAUAAAAAUGGAGGUUAAUGAGAAAUGAGAUCUGAUUAGUGGAAAUUGGGUGACAGAUCAAAUCAAGAUUCAUAAUUUUGAACGAAUUAAAGUUAAUUAGUGAUGGGCAGAUGGUGGAAUAGUGUAGAAGUGGGAGAAUUUAGGGUUUACGUACCUUGAGGAAAGGAGAGGGUAGGUUGGGAAUCGCAAUCGCAGUUGCAAGGAGGGCAAGAUACGGCGGAGGAAGAGCGGCGGACGGCGGAUAAACCUUCGAGAAUAUGCCAGUAUAGUGGUGGACCUACUAAAUAACCUACUAAAGAUAGCCCCAAGAACACGAUUCCGAUUCUCAUCAUCGCCGGAUUGCAAGAUCCAGACCUGUUCGGAGCCAUCGCUCUCUCUCUCUCUCUCACACACACACACACUGUUUCUUUCUUUCUCUCACACACACUGAUAAUAUGUCAAUAAGAGUUUCACUUGCACCUGAUCUUGAGGAAGAUGAAGAUGAAGAUGAUGUAUUGCUAAAAAAUCUUGCUGUGGUUGAUGAAACCUGAA